CUCUGCAUCCUCCUUCGCCCACACCACCCGUCACCCAGCUUCUCGGGCUGGGCUGUGUGGGCCGGAUGGGCCGUCUUGGCGCGGGGAAGGGGCUCCUGUACCCUUGGCAGGUGUGAGUGGACUGUGAGGCCUGUGGACGCUGCCCGGUUGUCUUCACGAUGGGCAGCAGCUGGGGGUGUGGUGGGCUGUCCUUGACCCCUGCCUGCUGGGGCUAGAGAGAGGGUCCUUCCUGGGGGAGGCUUUGGGGCCUGCAGGCCUCACGGCUGUUGGAGAAGCUACACGUUUAGACUCUCCUUCUCUGCUCUUUGCUUCUUGGUGCUGUGAGGCGCCCUGUCUUACUUUGGCGAGUUGGUAAUGGGGGGACGGGUCCUGAUGCUCCAGCUCUGUGUUUUGGGAAUAUGCAUUUCAUAGUGAUUGUCGCCGUGUUGUAGAAGAGCUGCUCCUACCAGGUUUGCUGGUGAUUUUGUGAGAGACAAAGUGUAGGGCUGAAAUAUCAAGGAGUGUUUUCUCCUUGUUAUGUUUUGUUCUUAACAAAUACUUAAAAAUUUUUUUGAAAUUCAGAGAAAAGAGAUCUGAGUUAAAAAGCAUUUUCCAAGUUGGACAGGUGUUCGAGGAUUCUGGGUCUGCGUUCCUCCCUUGGCUCGCAGAGAAGGGCCAGCACUGGCAGGUGGGGCAGAGGGUCUCAGGGGGGAGACUGGCCUUGGCAUGUGGGGGAGGCAUCAGUGUCGCAGCAGAGCUCUCCCUGCCCCCAGACGACAAAAACCAAGCGUGGCCCCCAGGACGUAGUUGGCAGGUGGACAGAUGGGUCCCAUGGCAGUCUAGGGGAACAUCCUCAUUGUGUGGGCCCCUGCUGCAUGUGAGUCGAGUCGGGUCCUACGCUCCAUCAUUCGUUAGGAGGACCCGCUGCAAAGGAAGAGGCGCAGGGCAGAGUCCAUUGGAGACCGGACACAAGCUUCCCCUCCCCUGUGGCCAGCUGUGACAAGCCCUGUGAGGUGUAUCCACCAGGGAAACCCUUUCGGGACUGAGCACCAGGGAUUUCAGUGGGGUGGGUCACGGGCAGCUCUGCCUGGUACCCGCCAGUGUUCCAGACUCCCAGCAGGACAGCAGGCUUCCCUUCAGCAUUAAGUACGUUUUUUGCACAAAUAGUUGAGAUGCAUUGGGGUGAUGAGAACCCCUUGGAAUCCAGUUCCCAGACGCUGGCUGAGGACAGCAGUGUCAGGCCUGCUGCGUGGGCUCUUCUGCUCAGCUGUGGGUGUCUGUUGCUUCAGCUGGGAGAAGAGCGUGUUUUUUUGGAAGAUGCCUGUCCUCCAAGCCUUCCUUGCUCUGCUGCCCCAGGGCUGCUGGGCGCUCUCAGAGCCCUGCUCACCGGCCCUUCCCGGUGUCCUCAGAUUGGGCACAGGAAUUGGGAGCAGUAACAAAUUAAGGCCACGUUCCUUGGUGUGUUCCUGGUCUGCUGACACGGGACGACAGUAUUUUUUGAGUCAGACGUUAUCAGGCAGCAGGGGGUAGGGGUUGUCGCAGCGUCCUGGUGGGAAGCAGUGCCCGAAGGGGCGGUUACUGACCUGUGCUCAGUGUGUCUGGUGUGGUAUUUUUGGUUAGGUCUACUUUCUUCUUUGUGCUUUUCUGUCUUCUUUGAAGAUUCAUUAGCUCAGGGACUUCCCUGGCGGUCCAGUGGUUAGGACUCUGCGCUCUCACUGCUGAGGGCCCAGGUUUCAGCCCUUCAUCGGGGCACUAAGAUCCCACUAGCUGAGAGGUGCGGCCAAAAAAAAAAAAAAAUUCAUAAGCUCAAAUGCUUCUUGACGUAGAGAUGAAGCCUCGUUUAUUCACGUGGAGAGCAGAGUCCAUGGCGGCUGGUGCUCCUGGACUGAGGCUCUCUGCGUGUGAGGACUUUGGUGACAGUCACGGGCUGUCCCUGUCCCUCCUGCUGGAGGGCAGCUGCUCUGAGGUCGAGUCUGGUUCUUCCAGGACGUCAGGGCCGGGGACCCAGCCUCUGCGUGUCUCCAGCUGUUCCCGGGUUAGCUACUGCGUGAUAUUUGGGCAUGCUGAAAAAUACCAGAUUUCAGGCACUAUGUGGUCCGAGGCCCUGAGAUGACUCCCUACGAAGGUGGCUAUUAUCAUGGAAAACUAAUUUUUCCCAGAGAAUUUCCUUUUAAACCUCCUAGUAUUUAUAUGAUAACUCCUAAUGGAAGAUUUAAGUGCAACACAAGGCUGUGUCUUUCCAUCACGGAUUUCCACCCAGACACGUGGAACCCGGCCUGGUCCGUCUCCACCAUCCUGACGGGGCUCCUGAGCUUCAUGGUGGAGAAGGGCCCCACCCUGGGCAGCAUUGAGACUUCGGACUUCACAAAAAGACAACUGGCUGCACAAAGUUUAGUGUUUAAUUUAAAAGACAAAGUGUUUUGUGAAUUGUUUCCCGAAGUCGUGGAGGAAAUUAAGCAAAAACAGAGAGCACAAGACGAACUCAGUAGCAGACCCCAGGCUCUCCCCUUACCAGACGUGGUUCCAGACGGGGAGACGCACCACGGCCAGAACGGGCUUCCGCUCCUCAACGGGCACGCGCCGGGCGCUGGGCCGCACCUCGCGGGGCUCCAGCAGGCCAACCGGCACCACGGACUCCUGGGCGGUGCCCUGGCGAACUUGUUUGUUAUAGUUGGGUUUGCAGCCUUCGCCUACACGGUCAAGUACGUGCUGAGAAGCAUAGCGCAGGAGUGAGCCGCCGCCACGACCAGCAGAGGUGGUCGGAAACGAGGGACGCUGGGCCCGAGCUCGACGUGGGCUGGCUGGACGUGCCGCCGAGCACUGGGCGGGCCUGCCUGACUCCUGGGGUUAGCUUUUUAAAAACCUUCAAAAGGAAAACACAAACCAAAGUGUGUAGUUGGAUUUGGAGACGUGAGACUCCCAGCCCCCAUUCUGCCCUGGCGUCCGUUGGGGGCUGGGAGGCUCCAUGUCCACGAGAGGGCCUCACGCUUUGGUUUUAUAGCUUAUCUCCUGUAUUGUCUUUUGGAUCUAUUUUAGUAAUCUGUUUUUCAUUUUAUUAGAUUUGGUCACUUAAAAAUAUAAAACUUGAUGCCUA